ACACUUCUGCUCUCUUGCGCUCCAUUUGGAACGUUCGAACCUCGCGAUGACGUCACUCGCCGGUCCCUGAUAAGCGCUUACUCACAGAGUCGACGCACAGUUGGUGAGAAUCUGAGCGUUUGUGAAGAUUGUCACUUGAGCAAGUUUACAGAGCGGUAGAAAAAGUCUACUUGCGCGAGUCUGCAGACAGAAACGCACAGAGUACAAACUAAAUCUACGCGUCUACACAGAGUUCGUCCACUCUCGGCAUCAAGAUGUGCACCUCAUCUGAGUCUGUGCCCAAGAGCGCUGUAUAUGAGACAGAAGCGGCUGCGUGGCUGGAUAACAUCAGCUUCUGCAGCGGCUUCUGUCAGUGGAUCGACGUAGAGUUGAGCAUCGAUUCACUGCCAGCUGAGUCCCAGCAGCCUGUGCAGUCAACAAGCGCUUCAGAAGCAGAAGCAGUGAGUGCACAGCCUUCUGCUGAGAAAAGCCCAACAGAAGUUCCUUCUCGAGGCAACAGGAGGAGCAGAAUCCAUGCCUUCUUCAAGAGAGCAUGGAAGGCCGCUAAGAAGCCGUUCCUCCGUUGCAGACGGACAAGAGUGGAGUCCAGUCCUGAAACAGCAUCUGUCCCGGGACCCUCUGGGCUCCAGAACGUGCCUGACACUGAGCCAGCAUCUGCCUCAGGUCUUCCCAAUUGGGAGCCAACGACCGAAUCUCUGUACAGUUUAUACACACUGCAGGGAUUGAUUGGAAAGGGAAGCUUCGGCAAGGUGUUCAAGGCAAUACGGAAAUCUGACGGCCAAGAGGUUGCCAUUAAAGGACUGUGCAAAUUCAACAACAGGCGUUAUCUUAAAAUUCCUGGUUGCUCUGCACCUCUGCCUAGAGAAGUGGCUCUGAUGCUCCUGUUGAGGCGUCCUCCAGUAAGCCCCUACGUCAUACAAAUGUACGAGUGGUUUGAUCGACCCAAGAUCUUCUCUCUUAUUCUGGAGUGCCCUCAACCGUGCAUGGUCCUGCGAAAGUUCAUCACGGAUUCGUCAGGACUGAAUGAAUCGAUCGCGUCCAGCUUAAUGCGUCAGUUAGUCCUGGCAGUGCAGCACUGCAUAGACUACGGCGUUUUUCACAACGACAUCCACGCUGACAACAUCCUGGUGACCACAGACACUCUGGAGCUCAAGCUGAUUGACUUUGGCGCCGCUCACCUGUUUGAGAGCGCAGGCUACGACACCUGGAAAUAUUUAGGAGCAGCAGAGUACUGUCCUCCAGAGGCUUUGUCGCAGCCCAAAUACUACGCAGUCCCAACAAACGUCUGGGCUCUGGGCGUUACGCUGUAUCUGAUGGUGAACAGACGACUGCCCUUUUCCAACAUCCGGGAAACAUUGAAAGCCUCCCCUAAUUUUUGGAAGCCCACCGUGUCCAUAGCAUGCCGUGAUCUGAUUGGCCAGUGUCUGAACCGCGAUCCAGCGAAGCGGCCGACUUUAGAGCAGAUCUUAGAGCACCCCUGGUUCAAAAGUCGGCUCUAGAAUGAAGGCAGGCGAGGGAUUCCCUCUCUCAUGUGUCUCAAACCUAAUCAUUCUCCAGGUCAAGUACUGUCAUAUGCUUCAAUUCUAAAUUAUGUUGAGAAAACCAAGCAGUUAUUGACCACAGGCCACUUUAAUGUUCUGGUCCUAUUAUAGACAACAUAGUAAUAUGAUAAUAUGAAGAAUACUGGACUAGAUAGAAACAUGAUUCCAAAUCUUCUUGAGACCAUGAACCCAAACAGACCUCUAAAGGACCAGUGUGGACAUUAGGGUGUGCUUCCCAUCGAACGCUCUUGUGCAGUUAGGGAAAUUCCACCUAGAUGAAAACUUUGAAGUGAUAUUCCUCUCCUGCUCAGUUGGUCUUUCUAGGUGUGUAUCCAUCAUGCACCUGUUCAGUGCAGCACGUGUCCUCGAUGGAUUUAGCCACUGUGCUCUCCUGGAAACAAUAGUGAGAGAGAAUAGCGUUCUGACUAAUUUCCUGAGGCCAGAUACCUGUAAAAUAAACUUUAAUAUAAACAUUAAUUUCUUUCUCUACACAGAUAAUGAGUGCAGGGCAAGAUGGAAGUCACUUCGAGACAACCACAUCAAGUGGAAAAAAAGACAGCAGUUGUCAAGUGGCUCUAGAGCAAUGCGUCAACAGGAAUGGAAAUAAGCUGCAGCCAUUUCCUUCCUGAAUGUAUGUCUACAAAAUAGAAGUAAGAUCAGUAAUGUUGAUUUUGAAAACUAUAUGCCUCCAUCCUCAGCUGCUCCUCGGUUGCGUGAGACUUCAGCUCUGUCUUGGCCCUCCGGACCCUCAGUGUCACCCCGACUCUCCAUCCGCUCGUCUCCAUCCUGGGCUCUUCAUCCAUCGGCUCAGUCUCCGUCAGUCCCUGGUGUUGUCGGCUCCAUGGCUCCUCCCUCCAUCCACUCCACCAUGGCACUAUGGACUAUGUUUCCUCUCCAUUGCCUGCCCCACGCCCGCCUCCUGAACCCCCACCCUCCCUCCUCUGUUGGACUUUUUUUGGCACGAGGAAGUGCCUUUCCGGGGCGGGGGACGAACUGUUAUUGUAAUAAUCUGUUUUGGUUUAAAGUCUUCUUCUGUAUUUUGUCUGUUCUCGUUGAUGUUUAUUCGUUGAUCUAAUGUGGAUUUAUU